AUGGAUUCAAUUGAGUACUGGACGCAAGACAUGAGUGUCUCGUGGGAUGAGUUGUGUCCACCACUGAAGGCACUGGAGGCCAGAGUGUCGCUCAUUGUCUCAAACUAUGCGCUCCAUUGGAUCGACGAUAAGAGCCAACUGGUGGCAGUAAUGCACCGAUUAUUGACUGAGCAAGGUGGUCUCAUCGUAGCGCGAUUUCAAAUUAUGCCUCAUUUGAACGCAUUUCUAACGGACACCCAAAUGACUGAAUACAAUACACGGGGAAAGACAUUCUCGACGGAACAACACAUGAAUAUAUGGCGGACAAUAUGUGAGGGACUGGGACUGGAGGCUAAGCUGUUAGUGAUUAGGGAUGCAAAGUGGUUUCCUUUUAUACGAUAA